AUGGUAGCCUUUUCCGGAAAGAGGGCCCACGAUGCCCCUGGGGAAAACAUCCUCGCUCCUUUGGCGGUUGUGGGGAUGUCUUUGAAGUUUCCGGAAGAUGCUACAUCCCCAGAAGCGUUUUGGAAAAUGCUGGUUGAAGGCCGAUGUGUUUCUACGGAGUUUCCCAGCAGUAGAAUGAACAUUGACGCCCAUCACGACGCUGAACGAGGCCGACUCCAUAGUAUUUCUUGCCGAGGAGCGCACUUCCUGAAGGAGGACCUCGGUCUUUUCGACGCCCCAUUCUUUGGAAUUACUGAUACUGAUGCAAAAUCUAUGGACCCCCAGCAGCGCCUUGCGUUAGAGACAGUUUACCGUGCGCUGGAGAAUGCCGGGCUUCCGAUCGAGCAAGUUGCAGGCUCAAAGACAAGCGUAUUUGCGGGCUCCUUUUGUAGCGAUUACCAUAUGCUACAGAUUAAGGAUCCGCUCAACGUGCCCAAGAAUGCCACCGCAGGGACUGGUCGGAAUAUGAUUGCGAAUCGCAUUAGCUGGUUCUAUGACUUUUUAGGGCCUAGUGCGACUAUUGAUACCGCCUGCUCAAGCAGUCUGAUGGCGGUGGAUCUCGCCUGUCAAUCGAUAUGGGGCGGGGAUGCGGCAAUGGGCGUCGCCAUUGGCUGUAAUAUAAUCCUGGCUCCAGAGAUGACAAUUGGCCUAGACAAUCUUGGGUUGUUAUCGAGAGAUAGCCACUCAUAUAGCUUCGAUAAGAGAGCCAAUGGAUAUGCCAGAGGAGAAGGUGUCGGUGCUGUGGUCAUUAAGCGGCUUGAUGACGCUAUAGCAGAUGGAGACUCCGUAAGGGCUGUCAUUCGAUCGUCCAGCUCGAAUCAGGAUGGAAGGACGCCUGGAAUCCUGCAACCGAGCAAGGACGCACAAGUUCGUUUGAUUCGGGACACCUAUCAAAAGGCUGGUCUGGACAUGGGGGUCACCAGAUAUUUCGAAGCACAUGGAACGGGAACACCCAUCGGAGAUCCUAUUGAGGCUCGAGCUAUUGGCACGGCAUUUCGUUCCUAUCGAUCAGAGCAAGCGCCUCUAUAUGUUGGUUCUGUCAAAUCCAACAUUGGCCAUUUGGAAGGGGCAAGCGGGAUUGCUGGCUUUAUCAAAGCAGUCCUUGUGUUAGAGAAAGGUGUUAUUCCACCGAAUAGCAACAAUCUGCAGCACACAAAUCCUCAGAUUGAUGAGGACUAUUUGAGGCUAAAAAUACUAAAGAGAGCCAUUGUCUGGCCUACUACUGGAAUACGACGAGCAUCCGUGAGCUCAUUCGGCUUUGGUGGAGCCAAUAGCCACAUUGUGCUUGACGAUGCUUACAAUUCCCUUCAACUGGGUGGAUUCGAGCAAUUUGGACACCAUACUGUGAGAGUGCCUUCAUUGGGCCAGGUCAAUGGCACGCCACAAUUGAACGGCCACCACGAUACCGGUGGUACGGAUACGUUCAACGACUCCACAAUUGCCUGCAAAACGGUUCCGAAACUGGUAGUAUGGUCAGCUGCAGACCAUGCAGGCAUAAAACGUCUUGCAGAAAGCUGGAGCACGUAUCUCUCCGAUUUGUCAGUCGAAGAGACAGAAGAAUACCUGAGAGAUCUAGCACACACCUUAUGUGAUAGGCGAAGCCACUGGGCCUGGAGGACAUUUGUUGUUGCUAAACCAGGGGUACUUCUACAAGAUCUGACCAGACAGUUUUCCCCUGCUAUUCAAAGCAUUGACUCACCACACCUGGCAUUUGUCUUCACUGGCCAAGGCGCUCAAUGGUACGCAAUGGGCCGUGAGCUUAUAGGUCACUAUGAAGCUUUCACGAGGAGCCUUACCGAAUCAGGCUCUUAUUUCAAAGAACUUGGAUGCACUUGGGAUAUAUUAGAGGAACUUCAAAAACCGGGACUGGAUUCGAACGUAAAUGACCCGUCUUACGGCCAGCCACUAUGCACAGCACUGCAAAUUGCAUUGGUCGAUCUCCUUGAAAGCUGGGGAGUUUCACCUGCUGCAGUGGUUGGCCAUUCCUCUGGUGAAAUUGCCGCGGCAUACUCUUCUGGCGCCUUAACGAAAUGGUCUGCUCUAAAGGUUGCAUACUUCAGAGGUUCUCUGGCGGGCGUCUUAGGAAGGUCUAGCAGCAUGAAAGGAGCUAUGCUUGCUGUAGGCCUGUCUAGAGAAAAUACUCAGAAAUACCUAGACGCACUUGAGCCCCAGUUCGAGAGGGUAGAGGCUGUUGUCGCUUGCGUCAAUAGCGCCCAAAGCGUUACAAUAUCCGGGAAACUGGAGCAGAUCGACGCACUGCAUGACCUACUAGAUCGGGAUGGCGUAUUUUCCCGCAAGCUGGCCGUUAAUGUUGCCUACCACUCGUUCCAGAUGCGUGAGAUAUCUGACAGAUAUUUCACUGCUCUUGGGGACCUGGAGGCACCGUGCAAGAGAAAGAGAAGACGGCCAUUCAUGGUGUCCUCAGUCACUGGGACCUUGGUUUCGAGCGAGCGGCUAGUGGAGCCGGAGUAUUGGGUCACUAACAUGGUUUCACCCGUGUUGUUCCACGAUGCAAUAAGCUAUCUCUGCUCCCAGUCCAGCAAGACGUACAAGAAAAUCGAUGGGAGUCAUCGCCAUGCCAUCACGAUCAAUCAUCUCUUAGAGAUUGGCCCACAUUGUGCACUGCAGGGGCCGUGCCGGGAUAUUGUUAGCGUCUUGAAAAAGAGCGAUAGAGUCACAUACAUUCCUUUAAUGAUACGCAACCGCUCUGCUCUGGAAUGCGCCAUGGAAGCUGCAGGACGUCUUCACUGCAGCGGAUAUCCGAUCAAAUUGGCGUUGGUCAAUGAUAAUGGCGAGGCGAAGACUCAACGACGACCCCGUGUGCUAGUGGAUCUGCCCGAAUACUCCUUCAAUCACUCUACAUCGUACUGGCAUGAGAGCCGGUUGAGCGAGGGAUACAGAUUCCGUCGAUAUGGCUAUUUAGAGCUUCUUGGUACCCCAGAGCCCAAUGGAAACCCAAUGGAGGCCAGCUGGAGGAACAUCAUCCGUGUUUCCGAUAUGGCGUGGGUGCAAGAUCAUAAGAUCAACAACACUAUUUUGUACCCAGGUGCCGGUAUGCUGGUUAUGGCGAUUGAAGCCAUCAAGCAACUGGCUGAACCGGACCGACUCGUUAUCGGCUUCAUUAUACGGGAUGCUGUGUUCUCUACUGCCCUGCAGAUUCCCACGCAUGCGGAAGGAAUAGAAGUCAAUGUCCACCUGAAACGCACGAAGGAGGGGAGGUCUGACGCCACAGGGUGGUAUGAAUGGCGCAUAUAUGCAUACGACAAUGGCAACUGGGUGGAGAACAGCACAGGGUCCAUCCAAGCUCUAUAUGAGAGCCGAAACACAGGCCUCGAUGCUAACAUUAGGGAAGAGAGAGCAUGGGAAAGCCAUCUUCUUGAGACCUACAACACUGUGGUUCGCUCAUGUACUUCGACUGUUGAUGCGAAGUCUUUUUAUAAACAUCUCAACAGCUGUGGAUAUCAGUACGGACCCGAAUUUGCCGCAAUAGAAACCAUCGGUUACAGUGAAACGGACUGCAAAGCGCUCAUCACGGGUAUCCGCACAUUCCAGUCUACUGGCGUUUAUCCGGAUCAUACUAUACAUCCUACAACGCUAGACGCGAUAAUUCAGAUGGCAGCCGGGCUGGAAUCAAACAUGGGCCAGAGUGUAGCCAGUGUGGCCGUACCAGUACGGAUUGACCGGCUCUGGCUGUCUAACACAGGUGGUCUCAGCCAUCCAUUGGCAGAUGCUGUCAGGGCGUAUGCUGCUUGCAGUCAAUCUGCUGUAGGGUAUAAAAGUUACUCAAUGACAGCAGUAGACGGAGAAGUCUCUAAAGCACUCCUGAAUCUUGAAGGCUUGAAGGUGACGGCCAUUGCCGGCUCGGAGACGACCCCUGUCUCGGAUCCGUUCACGACAGACAACCUAUGCCACUACAUAGCACAUAAACCUGACAUUGACCUCUUGACAAUUGAAGAGGCUCAGAGACUGUACGGAGCCCACGAAUCACAGGUCAUAGAGCCAGUGGAGCACUUCACUGAGCUUGACUUUGUUGCAGCAGCUUCCGUCAGCAGGUAUGCAGCCUCGUUCCGCGAAGAGGAAAGAGACAAUAUACCGCCUCGCUUGAACAAAUACAUCGACUGGGCUCUGGAAGUCAAAAGAACCGUCGAUCAGGGUUUAUCUGAAUUUAGCUCCAAAGAAUGGAUAGAUCGCAUGGGUGAUGAUGACUAUGUCAGCGAGCUACAUAGGCGAGUUGAGAGCGGCAGUAAAAGGGGCCAGCUAACAAGUACGGUAUGCCGAAAUCUGGCCGGUUUCGUGAAAGAUCCGCUUACCCAGCUGUUCGGCAACAAUUUGCUCGCGGAGGUAUAUCGUGAAAUGCUUUACGCCGAUUCCAUAAAACCACGGCUAGACAGGGUCAUUGGCGCACUGGGACAUAAAAACCCACGGAUGAAAAUUCUAGAAGUGGGAGCUGGCACAGGAGCCAUGACUGACUUCUGCAUCAGGGCAUUGAGCAUGGACACUUCAACGGACCCAAGCCUGCGUCGUUACGGUCAGUGGGACUUUACCGAUAUUUCAAGUUCCUUUUUCCCAGGGGCACAGGAGAUGUUUGCAGCAGAAGGGCAGCGUAUGCGAUUCAAAGUCCUUGACAUUGAAAAGGACCCUGAGAUACAGGGGUUUGAGUGUGGCACUUACGAUAUGGUUGUAGCCUUCAUGGUAAUUCAUGCAACGAAGGACUUAGCUGUGAGCCUGCGCAAUGUGCGUAAGCUAUUGAAAGAGGGUGGAAAGCUUCUACUGUUCGAGAUCACUCACUUUCACCCACUUAGGGUCAAUCUUGUAUUUGGUUUGCUUGAUGGGUGGUGGAGAAGCACGGAAACAUACCGCAAAACGAGUCCCUGCAUUAGUUCCGAGAAGUGGGGAGAGCUUCUAAAGGAGACAGGCUUCUCAGGGUGCGAUCUUGUAGUCGAUGAUUACGACGCCGAUAUUUGCCGUGAAGGAAGCAUGAUUGUGUCGACAGCCGUCGCUCCAAGGCCCGUUGAAAUCACGACGGUGAACAUAAUCAUCCAGCCGGAAGACCAGACACAGGCUGAUCUGGCCGCGGCAAUAUCUGAUCGGCUCCAGCAGCUCGGAAUUUCGAAGAUCACCCUGACAUCCUUGACUGACAUGGCACAGCGGAAGUUAUCGACGGACUUGCUGGAUAUUAGCCUUCUGGAAUCGACAACCCCCUUCAUAUGCGACAUGGAUAGUUCGGAAUAUGAAGGCUUGCAGGCGCUGGUAGCAUCUACCAAGAGCCUCAUCUGGGUUGGUGAGGGCGGAGGGCAGCAGCCUCAUCCCAAGUACCGACUAGUCGACGGGCUCUUUAGGGUUCUUAGUGGAGAAAUGUACCGGGCUCGACUGACAAACUUGUCUCUUGAGCGUCACUCUUCAAGGAAGCAUAAAGCUGCGCAGAUUUGCAAGCUUGUCUUCUCUUCCAUUGGUGAUAUGGAUAGGAGUGCAGACACGGAAUACACCGAAAUUGAUGGAGUACUUCACGUCAGUCGCCUAGUAGAUGCUAGGACACUGUCCCAAGGGGUGGUGAGAAAGGCUCUUCCACAGCAGGAGGGCCUGUUACCGUAUGGUUCAGGGCCGUCGUUGAGAUUGAGUAUCGGCUCGCCUGGUCUUCUGAACACGUUGCAUUUCGUCGAGGACAGGUCCUUGCAAAAGCAACUUGGACCCAGAGAUAUAAAAAUCAAGGUCAAAGCGGUGGGCCUGAAUUUCCGCGAUGUUCUUGUUGCACUAGGAAGGUUAGAGAGUGAUACUCUCGGGGCAGAGUUUGCUGGCGAAGUUGUCCAGGUUGGGGAUCAAUGCCAGAAAUUCCAGCCCGGCGACAGAGUAGUCGCUUUUCAUGCCAGUCGCUAUGCUAACUAUGUUACUGUGCGAGAGGACAUGCCCGUCGUUGGGAUCCGGAACGAGAAGAUGCUAUUUACGACGGCUGCUGCUAUCCCCGUAGCUUAUGCAACGGCGUGGAUAACUCUUACCAAGAUAGCAGGGCUUCAAGCAGGAGAAUCUAUACUAAUUCACUCUGGGGCAGGCGGUACAGGACAGGCUGCUAUACAGGUUGCCCGAUAUCUAGGAGCGACAGUAUUCGCGACCGUCUCAACCGACGAGAAGAGGCAGCUUCUGAUGGACCGCUAUAACAUCCCAAUGGAGCAUAUUUUCUCUAGUCGGAACACACUAUUCGCGAAGGGUAUCCGCCGGUUGACGACUGACAGAGGCGUUGAUGUUGUUUUGAAUUCGCUCUCAGGUGACGGGCUUAUUGCCUCGUGGGAAUGCAUUGCACCGUACGGUCGGUUCGUAGAGAUCGGCAAGAACGAUAUCUUGUCUAACUCCAAACUGCCAAUGCUGCAGUUCGAGCGAAACGUGAGCUUCACGGCUAUUGACCUUGCUGAGAUGGCGAUCGACAGGCCGCAUAUAAUCAGAGCAGCUUUGGAGACAAUAUUCUCCCUACUUGAAGAAGGAAAACUAGACCUAGUUUAUCCUUUGCAGGUCCGAGGCAUUGCAGAUAUUGAACAGGCAUUCAGGCAGAUGCAGACUGGAAAGAACUCGGGCAAGACUGUGCUGGAGAUGAGGGAAACGGACCAAGUCAUGACGGUCCUUGACACGAAGCCUUCAUACACAUUCGGGCCUGAUGCGACAUAUGUUAUUGCUGGCGGCCUGGGUGGGCUUGGUCGAAGUAUUGCCCGUUGGCUUGUUGAGCGGGGAGCGCGUAACUUGAUACUGCUCUCGCGCUCUGGCCCGGAAAGCCCGCACGCCAGAAGCUUGGUCGAAGAGUUGCACGAACGAGGCGCACGAGCCAUUACUCCUGCAUGUGAUAUCACAAACAGAGAACUACUGAAGACAGUUCUCGAUGUCUGCAGCCAGCUGAUGCCUCCGAUUAAGGGAUGUGUGCAGGCAUCAAUGGUCGUUCGCGCCCAUAACUUCGAAAGCCUACCUUACCAAUCCUGGAAGGAGACCACGGCACCCAAGGUUCAGGGAUCAUGGUACCUACACGAGCUUCUCCCACGAGGCAUGGACUUUUUCGUUCUCAUGUCCUCCGUCUCCGGCAUCAUGGGAGUAGUCAGUGACUCCGGGUACGCAGCAGGCAACACAUUCGAGGACGGACUAGCGAGAUACCGAGUCGGACUCGGUGAAAAGGCCGUCUCGCUAGACUUAGGACUCUUCCUAACAGCAGGAUACCUCAAGGAGAACCCCGAGAGCCGAGAGCAAUUCCUUGCCAACACAGUUCUUGACGAAAUACAAGAAUCCCAUCUACACGCUCUACUAGACACAUACUGCGACCCCACUCAAGGCCCGAUCUCCAUGCAGGAGAGCCAAGUGGUCGUAGGCAUCACACCCAGCAGGCAGAAACUGGAAACGCGCAAGGCCGAAUGGCUCGACCGCCCACUCUUCCGACAUUUAUCUCUGACCGACGGCCGCACAGAAGGCAGAGGGAGCUCCGAAGACUCCAACCUGGCAGCCCUGUUUGCGGGGGCGUCGUCAACAGAGGAGGCCGCAGCGAUCGCCAUGCGCGCAACACGGGAGAAGCUCUCAAUCAUGAUGUCGACCCCGGUGGACGAGAUCGACACGGACAAGCCCUUUCAUCAAUACGGAGUGGAUUCGCUGGCGGGGGUGGAGCUGCGGAAUUGGUUUGCGCGCGAGCUGCGGGCGGACCUGGCCAUGUUUGACAUCCUGGGUGGUGCGAGCCUUGCAUCGGUGGUAACGUUGGCAGUGGGGAAGAGCGAAUACCGACGAUGA